GAUUAUUCUUUAGGGUUAUAAUAUAUGUACUGUUAUUGGAUGUGUUUCGGAGUUUUUAGUGAUUGUUUUUGUUUUGCGACCCAGUUUACUACUACGGACAUUGAUUUAUUGCUUCUCUGUUGACCCUCUGUUUGUUAUAUGGUUUAUAAUACAAGAAAUGUCUAAUGAUAGUGCUCUUGCACGCGGAGAUCACAAACUCCAGCAUUGCCAUGAUAGUAAUGUUUGUGUUAGCUGUAGGACAUCUUUGUUUAGGUGUGCUCACUCUAUUCCCGAGGGUGCCGAAAGGCAAUAUAUUGCUGAAACAAUUACUCCAAGAGAGAUACCUGAAGGUGCUUUAAUAUGUUUUGCUUGUUGGGUACAUACUUGGCGUACAAUACAACAACAAGGAAUCAUAGCAGCUUCUACUGUUGUUAUGAAUAUGAAUGUAUGUGUAUGGUGCCGAUGGUCUCUUGCCCAGACACACAGCCACUCCAUACCUGAAGGACCUGAACGGACCAUAAUAACAGAAACAAUAUAUCCAAGAGAGAUUCCACCAGGCGGACUGGUUUUCUAUGCUUGUUGGGUAGCAAUAUGUAGAAAUGUGGAGCAUGCUACAAGGAUUGAGGAUAAUCGGCAAACUCCAACCCCAUCUAGCCUUCACCAAGACUAAUGUAUGCAUGGUGUAGAAUGUCUCUACACCGAAGGCUAACACACAUGGCUAGUGGUCCUGUAAGAGAUAAAGUUGCAGCAAGAAUUUACCCAAAUCAGUUACCAGAACAUGUGCUUAUUUGUUCCAACUGUUGGACACAUGCACAGGAAAAUAUAGGAAUAGAGCAAGAAGUUGUGCAACAAAUUGAUAUGCAGCCACCAAGUGCAUCAAUAACACUUGAUGGUUUUACACACACAACACAGAAGUGCUCAUUGUUUUGUUCCGGCUUGUAACAAUGUAGAACGAAAUAGAGUGCCGGAAUACUCAAGAAAAAUUAUAUAUAUUUUAUUAUUAUUAUUAUAUAUAAUCAAUCACAGAAUAAAUGAUUUAAUUAAUAGGAAUUUAUAACAGAGAGGCAAGAGUACCAAUAAUAAUAUGUGAUGGUUCCUAUAUAUAUUUUCAAAAAUCAUCCAACUACUUGUUUCAAAAAUAAACUUAUAGCUUGCACAAAUAUAGAAACCUUGUUAAACCUUUUCUCAUUGUUGCCACUGAUGGUUACAUUAUUGAUAUUUUGGGGCCCUAUCCAACAACCAAAUCAGAUUAUGACACCAUGAAAGCUUUGUUCCAAAAUGAAAAUGAGGGUCUAAGGGCUUUUUUUUUCAGCCCAAUGAUGUUAUAAUUAAUGCUUUCCAUCCAAUGAUUGAAAAUAGACCAAAUGCUGUAGCUAUACUUGCACAAUACAGAGUGAAAAUAUGCCCAACCGUUUAGCAGAAUUUAUAAUUGCUAACCGGAUCAACCGCUUUAGAGCUCAAUUCAUAAAAAUUGAUGGUCAACUUCCAGAGUUAAUUAUUUUGUCUGAAUUGAUACUUUUUGGGCUGGGUACCUAUCAAAUAAAACUGGCUAGAAGCUAUUUCGGGGAACAUAUUAGGCAACAUGGAUCAUUUCAGGUAGAAGUAUCGGACCAACUGGAAGUAGUAGCAGAAGCAACCCCAUCCCAACUUGAUCCUUUUUUUAAUAAAAGCCUGUAUAAAAACUCGACAGCUCAGGACGAACAUAUUAUACCUACAUAUUGCUGGCAAGGGAAGGAUCAAGUGGGGAUGAUAAAAUAAUUAGCUAUUAUUGUAAUUGUAUCUCCGGACAUCGGACAAUGGGUUGCUGUGCUCAUGUCAUGACCACUGUGUGGUGUUUGGGUUGGGCUCAGUACCAAGAGAGCAUAGAAGCACCGGUGUCAUUCCUGGAUGGAAUAUUAAUAAGGGAUGAUGUGGAAAACGAAUGAAAUCAUAAGUUCCAACAAGUUGUUUUAUUUAUAUACCUCUCAUGACUGAUUUCUCGCGUUUUUGAUGUCGCUAAUACUAGGAAUUAUAUAACAUAGAACUUGUUUAAAAAAUUGAUAGUGUUAAGUUGGGACACUGGGCUAGCGUGGUGGAUUACACAGUCCAAUCCCUCACAGAAAGGAAGUAUAUGUCUCAGCAGUGGGAACAUUAUAGGCUGAUUAUGCUGCUCCUGCCUAAUUGAAUUAAAAUAGUUGGUAUCUUCUCAGCUGUUACUGUGUAAUAGGAAUAGUUAACUACUUUAAAAAUAACUUGCAGUUGUCAGAUACUGCACAGCUCACUGCUCGCCUAUGAAUUAUUGAAGUCCAGAAUAUAUUGAUAGGCACUAAAGAAUGAAGCAACAGGAAAGUGUUAAUAAACAAAAUAACUUUC